AUGUCUUAACAUUUAUAUCUAACUUAAUUAUAAAUAAAGAUUAAUAAUAUUAUUUUUAAGAUAUUUUUAUAUAAAAUGCAAUAGUGCUGUUGUAUAUCAACUUAGGAUGAGAAUGAAAAUCUCUCAUCUAGUUUUAGUUGGUAUUAUUUUCUUUUAUUUUCUUUAUAGUGAUUAAGAAGAAUGUGAAAAUAAACUAAAAAUUGAAAAUAAGAGUAAAAAUAAAAUCUCAUUUAUUGUUAAAGUAAAGACAGAAGUAAUAAUAAUAAUAAUAAUUUUAGAUUUGUAAAUACUGGGCAAUCGAAGAUUAUUGUCCAUAUGGAUAAUAAGUAUAUAGAAAAUAUAUAUUAAUAGUGUGCAUUUGCUCAUGGUAAACAUGAAAUAAGAUAGAAAACACAUGUGCCUCACAAUUACAAAACUAAAGUUUGUAAAAAUUAUACUACAAUUGGGUACACAUUCAUAUGAAUUAAGUUAUUGUUGUUAUGGUGAAAGAUGUUAAUUUAAACAUCCUGAAAAAAAAGGAAUCAAACUUCCUUGUAUUACUUACUAAAAUCUUUUAAAUAAUAUGGGGAACAUCUUUUUUAAACAAAAGUAUGAGGAUUGUUCUAUUUUCCUAGCCUUAUUAAAAAUUAAAAACGUAGUAAAGGUUUGCCUUAUAAAUUUUGA